AAAUUCUUUGUUAGAUACUCAAGACGUGGCACGUCAAAACUUUCAAAUCUCAGAUAAAAUGUUUUGAAUGAUAUAAGAUGUCUGCUCUACAAAAACUCAAAGAUUUAGUUUCUCAGAAACAGCUGCAAUCGGUGCUAUACUGUAACGUGAAGUGAAGUAGUGCUACGAGGAAAAAGCUAGGAAAUACUUUUCUUUUCAGUAUGCUGUGUCAUUAAAACUGCAACACAUGGAUAAGAAAUAUGAUUGCAUGAGAAGUUUUGGUUACUUCUAGUUGACUCCACUCCUUUCUAAUGAUACUCCCUGGUUGGACAAUUUUUACUAUUUUUGUAAAAGAUGACACGCAAAAAUCAGAAAGGCUACCAGCAAUCAAAAAGCAAAAAAUCCUAACCAUACGUUCGGACGUGCGUCUCCAGCUUCACGGAAAGACUCCAGAAUCUCUUACUCACGAGUUUACAACUCAUAAACAACUAUUACCACAGAGCUGUAUUUGA